AUGGAGAUGCUACUGUUUGCCUCCUUUCUGGUCCUUCCAUGCUGGGCUAAGGCUAAUGGGACUGUGCCAGUGCCAUUGGCCACCUUGUCCACGGCCAAAACUGCAACAACCACAGCAGCUACUGACCACCUCGCGCUCAUGUCGUUCAGGUCAGCGAUCACAGGAGAUCCAUCCCACGCUCUGCGGUCGUGGGGAAACCAGUCGACGUCGAUGUGCCGGUGGCGCGGCGUCACCUGCGGCACGCGCGGCGGCCACCGCGGCCGUGUCGUCGGGCUCGCCCUCCCCGAGCUCAACCUCGACGGCACCAUUGCCUCCUCCCUGGGCGACCUCACUCACCUCCGGCAGCUUGACCUCCGAGCGAACAGCUUCCGUGGCGUCGUGCCGCCGGAGCUCGGGCGUCUCGCGCAGCUCGAGCACCUCAACCUCAGCAGCAAUUCCAUCCAUGGGGAGAUCCCUCCGGCGCUGGCGUCCUGCAGGCACCUCCGGGUUGUCAAGCUCCGGGUUGUUGACCUGAUGCACAACAUGCUGCGAGGAUCCAUCCCACCGGAGCUGGCCUCGCUGCGAGAUCUUGAGGUACUCAUUCUCGGGCACAACAACCUUACAGGAGAUAUCCCCAUCGAGCUUUGGAAUCUAAAAGGCCUUGUAUAUCUUCAUCUGAGACCAAACAUGAUUACAGGACAAAUCCCAACAGAGGUUGGGAACCUGAAAAACUUAACCGAGCUAUAUCUCGGUCAAAAUCAUUUGACUGGCCCUGUUCCUUCUUCUCUAGGUGAUCUCAACAAGUUGCAGAUAUUGUAUCUCGACAAUAACCAGCUUUCAGGGCCUAUCCCACCUUCCCUGGGGAAUCUCUCAUCUCUAACAGUUCUAGAUGUCCAAUCAAAUGCAUUAACUGGGAACAUUCCUGAGUCCUUAGGAAAUCUCAGACUACUCGAUGUCCUUUCUCUCACGUUUAACAAUCUUACAGGUCAAAUUCCUGACACUCUAGGAAACUUAUACUUCCUUACAGAGUUUUAUCUGAAUUUCAAUGAACUCGAGGGUUCAAUACCACCUUCGAUUUACAAUUUGUCCUCUCUCCUGUAUUUCUCGGUAGGAAAAAACAAACUCAGUGGGUCUCUUCAGAAUGACGUUGGAAACAAAUUCCCUAAGCUCAAGAGCUAUGACAUUUCUGACAAUGCAUUUCAUGGCACCAUACCACUAUCCCUAUGUAAUGUCUCAACGCUCGAAUUACUUCAGCUACCAAUCAAUUCCUUUUCGGGGGUAGUACCAAAUUGUCUUGGAAUUAAUACUAAGAACCUGUUUGCACUAAUACUUCCACAAAACCAACUAGUAGCACGGAAUGACGAAGAUUGGGGCUUUAUUUCUAGUUUGGCAAAUUGUACUAAGCUUCAGUACAUACUCCUUUCAAGAAACAAACUAGAAGGCGUGCUACCAAAGUCAGUAGCAAAUCUUUCUACAAGUUUAGGAACGUUUAGUAUUACAAAAAACAGAGUGAGUGGGAACAUACCUGAAGGGAUUGGAAAUCUUGUUGGCUUAGUGACACUUCACUUGGGAGAGAAUCUUCUUAAUGGGACCAUUCCUGCUUCGCUUGGGAAACUUCGGAGUUUGGGUGAACUGGACAUAGCAAUAAACAAACUAUCUGGAUCCAUCCCUCCAACUCUUGGAAACCUAACAAUGCUAAAUAGGCUCAGCCUUCACGAAAAUACACUCAAUGGACCUGUACCUUCUAGCCUUGGUAGGUGUCCUUUGGAAUUUGUCAGCUUAGCAUAUAAUCAGCUGGUUGGUCAAAUACCAAAGGAAAUUUUUCUCAUCUCCACAUUAUCUGACUUUGCUUACUUCGAAGGCAACAACUUCACUGGAAUAUUGCCACCAGAGGUUGGUAACCUUGUAAACCUUGGUAGACUUGAUAUAUCAGGAAAUAGGAUAUCAGGGUCAAUUCCUACCUCCCUUUCUGAGUGUAGUAGUUUGCAAUAUCUCAAUAUGCAAGAAAAUCUCUUUGAUGGAACAAUUCCGUCAUCCCUAGAACAAUUGAAAGGGUUACAAGUUCUUGACCUUUCAAGAAAUAACUUGUCUGGGCAAAUCCCUGAGUUCAUUGGAAGAAUGCAAGGGCUUACCAACCUAAACAUCUCAUUCAACAAUUUUGAGGGUCAAGUUCCAGAACUUGGAAUAUUUCUGAAUGCAAGCGCAGUUUCCAUUGAGGGGAACAGUGGUUUAUGUGGAGGUAUCCUUCAAUUGAAUUUGCCACAUUGUAUAAACCAUACUUCCAAGAAGUCGCACAAACUUUUCAUAGCAAUCUCAUUAGGAAGCACAACCUUGUUCAUCAUCUUAGCAUGCUCACUGUUAGCACUAUGGAAGUCAAAGGAUCAUGUGAGAAAUAUCAGACAAACUCUAUCACUCCCCUAUGGAGAACAUAUCAGAGUUUCCUAUGCUGACUUAAUGAAAGCAACAGGUGGUUUUGCUUCUGAAAACCUCCUAGGAACAGGAAGCUUCGGUUCAGUGUAUAGAGGAACAAUGAUGAAUGAUGACCAAGAAGUGAAUGUCGCUGUCAAAGUGCUCAGGCUGCAGCAGCGAGGAGCAUCUCAAAGCUUUGUCGCAGAAUGUGAAACUUUAAGAUGCAUUAGACAUCGAAAUCUUGUGAAAAUCUUGACGGUGUGCUCAAGUAUUGAUUCCAGUGGUCUUGACUUCAAAGCUCUUGUAUUUGAGUUUAUGCCAAAUGGAAAUCUAGACGAAUGGCUACACCAUCUGUUGGAAGAUGGGAACCAUAGGGUACUCAAUCUUUCAGAAAGGAUAGACAUAACCAUAGAUGUAGCUUGUGCACUUGAAUAUCUUCAUCAUCACAAGCCAGCUCCAAUAGUUCAUUGUGAUCUCAAGCCAAGCAAUAUUCUCCUCGACAAUGAAAAAGUUGCCCACCUAGGUGACUUUGGACUUGCAAGAUUCUUGGAUCAAGAUGAUACAAGUCUCCCAGAGAUAUCUAGUGGCUGGGCUACUAGAAGAGGGACAAUUGGAUAUGCUGCUCCAGGUUUGCCUCCAUUAACCAGUUUUUGUUCCUUUUGCUAGCUCCUUCUGAAACUGAAAUGUUCUGCUAUAUCUAUUUCAGAGUAUGGCCAAGGAAAUGAAGUCUCGGUCCACGGUGAUACAUAUAGCUAUGGAAUACUUCUGUUGGAGAUGUUCACUGGAAAGAGACCAACAGAUGGUGAAUUUGUGCAUGAUUUUAACCUGCAUAGGUAUGUGGAGCUAGCACUGAGAGACCAAGUCACCUGUAUGGUGGACCAAGACUUACUACCAGCAACGGAUGAUGGGACAGAAAAGACUCCCGUGUCUGAUAGCAUCAGAGAAAUAAGAAUGGCAGCCAUCACUUCAAUACUGAAAAUUGGAAUUCUGUGUUCAAAGGAACUACCAACAGAUCGCAUGCAGAUUAGUGAUGCUAUGAAGGAGCUAAUGGGGAUAAGGGAGAAGUAUCGCACACAUCUGUAAUGUAAAAUUGCACUCGUCAAGUUCUUGUGUGUCUUUCCUGCAUUCAGAUAUCCACGAAUUGAAUUUCAAUAAGUGCUUGGGAGAUCAGCAUAUUGUAAUUUCGUGUUACCGAAAUUACGAAAUAGAAAUCACUGCUAUAAUGGAUGUCUGGGAGACCAAGAUUAACAACCAUUCUCUAAAACAAACAUGAUGAUCGCGGAGCACUAGAUCUGUAACAACUUAGGGAAUAAGGUUGAAAGAUC